CCGCCCGUCGUUAGUCCCGAUCCUCAGCAAACAAUACGAUGGACCCCGCGAAACUGGCUAAGCUGCAGGCGCAGGCUGCGGCCAACAGGAUCGGUGGAAAGGGUACCGUGCGCCGAAAGGUCGUCCGAAAAACAAAGACAUCUGGUGCCCAGGACGACAAGAAACUGCAGGGUGCCCUCAAGAAGCUGAACGUCCAGCCCAUCCCUGGUGUGGAGGAGGUUAACAUGUUCAGAGAGGAUGGCAAUGUCCUGCACUUCUCUACGCCCAAAGUCCACGCUGCCGUCUCCGCCAACACCUUCGCUAUCUACGGCGCUGGCCAAGUCAAGGAGCUCACCGAGCUCGUCCCGGGUAUCCUCAACCAGCUCGGUCCCGACUCGCUUGCCUCGCUCCGCAAGCUCGCCGAGUCCUACCAGGCCAUCCAGCAGAGCCAGCAGAGGCCAUCGGGCGGUGCUGACGACGACGACGACGACGACGUCCCCGACCUCGUCGAGAACUUCGAGAAUGUCGAGGAGAACAAGGGCGAUGACGACGACGAGCCUCCGGCGCUGGAGGACCUCAACUGAGCGCUGGGUGCUCGGUGCUGGUUCCUCAUGGGAGGAGAGGCGCGGUAGCUGCGUCGACGGAGGCCGCUGUGAUGCUGUUAUCUGCGGAGGGUGGCUUGCGGAAAUUGAUAAUUCGUCUGUUCUUCCCCCUAUCUCCCUGGUGCUAUGUAUUUCUGCCAAAACCCAGCCACCCCUUGCGGGACUCGCUGCUUUCGCCUCUCGUUCUCGGUUCAUUUGCUCUGUUUGAUCACAUACGCUGUCUUUUGUACGCGUCUCAACAUUAGGUACGAGUUAUCAAUGCCCCACUGUAUUUUGUAAAAGAAAAUCCACGCAAUGAU